AUGUACUCAUUCAAUUUGCUCGUAACCACAAUACUUGUGGUACUGAGCCUACUACUUACAUUCCUGAUUGCGUCUGUCGAGACCAGUCCAAUCGGCAACAAGGCAGAAACGACAUCGUCUCCAAGAACACUGCGUUUGCCCAUCCGCCGGCAAGCUUCAAGCCAUGGAAAACGCUCAAAUGUCUUCUCCGGUACCCUUCAGAACGUAGAAUGGUCCUACCUCAUCGAUGUGCAAGUGGGCACACCACCACAGUCCCUCUCAUUGGUUUUCGAUACCGGAAGCAGUGACACCUGGGUCUUCUCACCCGAAGCAUGCUCGAGCGACGCUCAAUGUGCCGGAUCAUUCAACUCCAGUGUCUCCUCGACCUUUGAUGACACUUCACCGGGCUCCUUCGCCAUAAGCUACGGGGACCAAUCCCAUGUCGAAGGCGACUAUUUCAUCGACGAUCUGCGGGUCAGCAACGCCACGAUCUCGGCGUUGACCAUGGGUCUCGCAAAGACAGGGCAGUUCCAAGGAGUCGCGACGUCCCACGGUAUCAUGGGCGCCGGGUACGUGUUGAACGAAGCCGUCACGGGUGCAAACGAGUAUCCGAACAUCGUGUACGAGUUGGUGUCUCAAAACAUCAUUGGGAAUUAUUCGUUCAGCCUCUGGCUCGACGAUUUAUUUGCAUCGACCGGUACGAUCCUCUUCGGCGGCUACGAUUCUUCCAGGUUCCAUGGCUCCCUCACCACGAUGCACACCCUCGCCAACGCCAACGGGAUGAUCAGCACAUUCCUCGUAUCCAUGCUCUCCCUCGGCGCCACGUACAAGAACAGAACGACAACCUUUACCUCGCCGACCUUCAACGGCGCUGCCCUUCUGGACUCGGGCACGGCAACCACCCACGUCCCCAGCGCCGUCUACGCCGGGUUGGCGAACUAUUUUGGCGCGGACGCGAAUGGAGUCGUCGACUGCAGGCUAGGCCAGACGGAAGGGCACGCUUCUUUCGGGUUCGUGGGUGUCACGAUCCGAGUCCCCUUUUCGGAACUGUCUCUCCUCGACAGCACGACGGGGCUGUGCACCUUUGGCUUCUUCGACGGCGGAGAAUCGUUGAUUCUAGGCGAUACGUUCCUGAGGUCAGCGUACGUGUACUACGAUCUCGGGAACAACGAGAUCGGACUCGCGCAGACUGCGUAUUAA